UUGCAACUGGGGGACCCACUCAGUCACCACGAGAUCGGCAAGCCGAAUGGUCAACCGCGCCGGUGGUUCUUCUGAAAAGUCUGCAACGAAUUGAAGGGGGCUCCGACGAAGAGGCUCCAGAUCAAGCGCAGAUUAGACCCUCGAAUGUCAACGGGCGCGAUCGUCCACAGUUACGUCGACUCGAUCGCGGCGCAGGUGGACGAGCAGUCGCGUCGCGUCCAUAUCCCGACGGGGAACAAACUGACCGAUUGUCAAAAUUAUCUCGCGGGAACCCCGACGAUGUGGAGAGUUCUGGUGCGCUGUUAUGUCACUUUGACGUCCACCUGACGCACAGUAACGAUACCGGUGUAGAAUACGUCCCGCGGUCUGUGGGGCCCCCGGCAUCGCGGUUUCGGUAUCUCGGGGAUUACAAUAUAUCCUCGCGUGACAGUUCGCCCCGGUGGCGGGACGAGACGGUGAACGAUAACGGACGACGACGCCGUUUCUUUUAUUUUUCUUCGGAGCGACCAGUCGAUUCGCGGAAAGAUCGCGAGUGCGCAAGUGGAUGCGAGCGGAAACUGUCAUCCGGAGCAGCCGAGGACUCUCCUGGACGAGGAGGACGAGGAAGAGAUGAUCUUCGUGCUGCUGGUGGCCGGAGCGUUCGCCCUCGCCACACUAAGGCGGUACUCAGUGGCACAAACGAUUACUCUUACGAGUUUUGCCUUCUUCCUGACCUCGUGGCUGAACUCGGCGUCGGGAACGUCCGCAAACGACCUGCAAUUUGUGCCAAACGCCAGUGACAUAAAACCCUGGUUUCAACACCCUUGCGGCACCCGGCUGGCGGCCUCGCGAAAGAUGCAUAAUUCCAGCGACUCGACCAACAUCAUGAAGAGGGUGCGAACGCAAUUGCGAGUCGCGCAAAAUCACUUCAACAAGACUUUCAAGGACGUGCGCAUAGUUUACUCGAAGGUGUACAGAGUGUUGCUGAAGGAGCAGUAUAAGAUGAAUUGGUUGCCAAAAAGGCAGCUCGAGUGGUACCAUAGGGAACUUUGGUGCUUGGAAAAGGGGAAGAAAGCCGAGCGUGCCCUUCCACGCCUAUAUGACGCGCUACAGAGGUUCUCGAUUACGUUCCAUUAUCUUAGAGAAUUUCAUCUCGACUCUAAUAUCGAUGUCACUCGCGGCAUUAUUAAGAGGCGGACUAGGAUCAUCGACAAAGCGCACAACCAAGUUCUCAGGUUGCUGUGCGAGGUCGAAGCUGCUAUGAUAAAUCUGGCAUUAAGAACUUCAACUCUGAACGAUGCGUUCAUGAUAACGGAUAAUUUGCACUGGGCCAAAGAGGGCGAUCUAACAUUAAUGUUGAUUCAGGAUUGGGGCGUAUUAAAGCUCUAUCAUACUUUUCUGAAAGAUUGGAUAAAGGUUUUCCGUAACGCCACCACUGACAACACUUGCGACCGUAAUAUAAAGCCUUUGGCUUUUACGCCGAAUAUGCCUAAAAAAUGGUUUAACGGAAAAGGCACAAGGAUGCCGAAGAUGAGAAAACAUAAACCGACGAGGAAGCCCGGUCGAAAUAAUUCCUUGCGUCAAAACCUGCGAAAGGGAUCUCAAAGGAACAGACUGAUGAAGAAGCAAAAAGGACCUACGUUACGAACAUAAAUCAUGUGUCGAACCUGAAGAAGCUAGCGCUUAGUAUCGACGAGAUCUGCUGAUAAUUUAAAGACACCGCUCUAUACAGCGUCGAAUCGUAUACUAUCUCAUACUAACAUAACUUUUGUAUUUAUUCCAUUAUCGCAAUCAUGUUCAUUCGAAUAGUUUUACUCGUUUUUCGCAGAUUUGCCAAUAGAAUGGUACUAUUGUCCUAAGAUUAUGAUAUCUCAACAGCCGUGAAAAUUAUUUAAUAAUUUUCCAAUAGUUUUGGCUCAAUACUAUUGCGGAUUGUGGUAAUAGAAGUAUUUUAUCAACAACAUGCGGCUGCGCAUACUAGAGACCAGUAUUAAAAGAUCUACUUCAGAACAGUAUUAUAUCUAAUAACAUACAUAAAAUAUACCGAGUAUAGCCCAUAAUGUUGAUAAUAAUGUUUCGAAGUACAUGGCGCAUUCGAAUCGAUUAGACUCGUGAAAUAUCGAUCCAAUAGAUUAUAAUCGUCGUUAAAGUAUACUUUUACACAUAAUCUCAUCAUGUAUGUGUAAAAGGAAUGUAAAAAGCCCGUUUUCAUUCUCAGGCACUCAGCAAUCUGAGAACAACGAAAAAACAAUAUGUUAUGAAAAUAAGCAAAAAAAAAUACAGAGAAAGAAAUACAGGGAAAAUAAAUUCGCAGAUGUACUUCGCACGUCUAAAAUUGGCCGUCUUGCGCCAAUUAUAUUUAUAUCGAUAUGCCAACAUAGAUUACGCUCACGAUCAAGGCGGCUUGUUACAUGGUCACGGAUUUGAGUUCAUUCGGUUAAAUCGACGGACUCUGCGAUACGCGCAGGUGUCGAUAAUUCGUGGAAAGAUCGAUGACGAGUUUUAGGCGGCUCGUGAAACUUAUUUAUUCUAGCUUUAAAGAUGGCGAGAGAACUUAAUGUUGUUUAGCUGUGAUAUCCCGAGCGUAUGCGGACGUACAGAGUUCCUACGUUUAUAUAUAGGCGCAUAUGCACAUACACAUACACUUACAUAGAUAGGUAUCGUGCGUUGACGCGUACCAUACGUAGACGUAGAUGAUUCUCUCCUCCUUUCCGGUGUGUCCUACUGAAGAAUCUCGCCUUGUCGUGGGAACACAUGACAAUUUUACCUUUAUAGUUAGUCCGUCGCAAUCAUUGCGUUUUAAGCGCGUAGACGACGCCAGAAGCGUUUUUAGCGAAAACGAGGUCCGAGGAUUUUCACGGUUUCUUCCGUCUCGCGUUCGACCAGAUUUGUAUGCAAGUGCGCUAAUCGAUAAUAAAGGAUCAUUACGAAUUUUAAUGAAAUUCGAGCAAAUCUUGAUUUUGUACGCGUGCCAGCAUAUAACACGUAACGUGUCCUUUUUGUGCUAGAUUAAAAUGUAUUUAUAUCGUGUAGAUUCGAUAUAUUUUACACUAAAGCAGUACUUAAGUAUGUUCAUAGCUUAGCGUUACGCAUAUUUUUGUACUAUGUAUGCACAUGAUGAUGCGAUACAAAUUAUUCGUAGACGCGCACUUAAAUUUAAGGCUAUUAUGCAUUUUAUACAAUAGAAUAUUUAUUCGGACGUAUAUGCAUAGCGUUCUGCUCUAUUUAUUAUAUCACGUUACCAUUGCAUAUACUAUUUAUUGUCAUGUCUUUACUUAUAUGUGAUCAUCUCGAAUAAAUUCAAUGUUUUGUAUCGAACUGAAGUUUAGAUGACAGAGAUACCUUUAUAAUCCACGUAAUAAUUUAAUUUCAACAAUAUUGUAAAUCGUUCGUUUUACAUGAACAUUCGACCGGAAGUAUCAGGAGUACAUGAAGGAUUUUCAUUCUGUAUAACACUCGAUCAUUAUCCGUAAUGUAUAUAUAACGCGGAAAUAAUGUAGAUAAGAAUAUGCUAUUUAAAAUCAAAUAAACAUGACUCAUUGCAGUAAUAUUUUAAGCGAUUGAUUAGAUAAGCAGUUAAAUAAUGCAUAGCGACAUUAAUUUUUUGUAACUGCCAUUACGUAUUUAUGUAUAUGCUAUAAAUAUUGCUGCAUCGCAACGCUGUUUUGUUGUUGCACAGUGACA